AUAAUGGAGUCGCAGACAGAGAGUACUGGAGCAGGGAAGAUAAGCGAGAGAAGAGGAAAAGGGAGCGAACAGUUGUUGACUAAGCUCAACUUUUUGAACCAUAUUUUGAGUUAUUAUGGGUGGGUUGACCAAGCAGCAUGGAUGAUGAGGAGCUUAAUUAGAGAAACAAGAAGUCUAUGGGAGGAGAACCACAAAGCCUUCCUAAACGUGAUCUUUAAAGAUCAUAGAUACUUUAGAGAAGCUGAAUUUACCAGCAGUUUCAAUGAAAAACAGUACAUGUUCUUGAUGAAAGCACAAAGGUACGCCUCCUUCAGAUGGAAACUUCUGCUCAGUACAAAUAAGGAAAUGGCUCUCUUCACAAACUUGCUCGAAAACAUAACAAUCACGCAUUCAUCAAUGUUCUCUGCUAUAAAGCUUGGAGAAUAUUCAUGGGACAUUGAUAUAUAUAACAAAUUUAUAGAAGCUCUUCAUGUUCUAGGAAGCGACCUAGGCAUAAUUCAAACUAGAAGAUUGAGAUUUAACGGGCUUGGAAAAGAUAAGAUAAUAGAAUACCUUCCUUCAGAUCAUUCUUAUACGCAGGGUUCAAAGAUAGGCAAAAUAAAUGGUAAUUGAUGAUGAAGAGACUCGGAGUAUUACAGAUAUCACAAGCAGCUCAAUAUCCUGAUUCCUGAUUGGAUACAAUUAUACUCUCACCAUUUUUUUUGAAGCUCUGAAGAUAAAAAUAUUAUUACCAAUUUAGUCAAGCCUCUUAAAUUUAGAGAGGGCUGUCACAAAGUCGUAUUCCACUCAAGUACUUCAUAUGAGGACGAUUCUACCGAGAAUGAUUUAGUUCAAAACGAUUUCAACAGAUUUUCUGAAAUUAUCGAAAUCUUUCCAAAUUUAGAAACUCUUCAGAUUAAUACGCAAGUGCUCAAGAUAGAAUAUUUAAAAUUCUUGCUAGAGGCAGAUAGAUCCAGUCAUAUACAAACAAUCCAAUUCAACUACAAAGCAGACAAGGCAGAGGGAUUAAUCAACUGAAGCAUGAGGUACACAUGCUUAGAGAUAUCCAAAGUUAUCUUCACAAUUAACCAAGAUAUGCAAAUCGAGUGAGAAAAUUUAUACAUUGAGUUCAAAGAUGACUCAUAUUUCCAGAAAGACAAAUAUGUCUACUUCAAUGACUUCUCAGAGUUCAAGAUUUCUGGAUUCAAGAUUAUCCCUAAAACCCAGAGAAGAGACCUUCCAGAUAUAGUAAAAGAUGCUGGUUCUUCUUAUAUUGCACUGUGCCUGAGCAGCACAGCACUCCCACCGAUUGCUUUACCUGGGAUCCAAGUUCAAAGACAUAUUAAAUGCAGGGGAACUCAUAGAGAUUUAUCUACAGAGGAACAUAAAUCAGAUUUCCUCUUUACAGAGUCAGAAACUGGUACUAAUAGUAUUCAUGUUGAGUAUAUUCUCAGUAGAAUGAAAUUUAAGAUUCCUGAUUUCAUCUCUGAGAUUGACAACCUUGAUAGAACUUGUUCUAUUGAGAUUACUUACAACAGACCUCCUGGAACGGUAUUUGAAGAAUUCCAACAAGUUAUUGAUGCUGUCUUCUGUAAAAGACUUACUACUCUGAGAAUUAAUCUGUGUUUCUUACCCGAAGACUGUGAAGAUUAUCUCCUUGAGAAGAUAAAAGAGAGUAAAACUUUGUUAGAACUUUACAUAAAUUUCAGAAAAGAAGUAUACGGUUUCCAGAUUCUGGACAGCCUGCAAUCAGUACAGUCCCUCAGAUACCUUGAACUCCAAUGCAGAGUGAGCCACACCAGUGAGCUCCAUUCAAAAAUCGAUGAAUUCAUAUCCACCAAAUCCAACCAAGUAAUCGUCAAAAUCCCUGAUCCAAAGAAGCCAAGGUCCACAAUGUGGCUCUACAAAGACUCUGCCUCCUCAUGCCCUAUAAUCAUGCCUCCAUACCCUGUCCCACAAAGUCAGAACUAAAAUUCGCAAAAUUGAAUAAACUGCAUAAUUUACAGGUUCAACCA